GCUUCUCAUCUCCAUCUCCUCCACAUAAACUGCCUAAUUUUUCCAGUUCUGAUUGAAAAACAUAACCAGGAAGCAUGAUAUUACACUUCCCUUGUACAACCCUUUAUCAAACACCAUUGCUAUCCAAUCCCAGAAAUCUUCAAAAACUAACCAAAACCCGCACCAGCUUUUCACCACACAACAAGUUGUUCACUACAAGAAAGCUUGUAAUAAGAGGAUGCAGUAAUGGCCAAGGAGGAGAAGAUUCUAAGAAGACAGAAAGGAGGAGUUUCCUUUCACUAGAAGAAGCUGGAUUGGUUGAAAUAUCUGGUUUAAGCACUCAUGAAAGGUUCCUCUGUCGACUAACGAUAUCAUCUUUAAAUCUGCUAAGAGUUAUAUCAGAACAGGAAGGAUGUUCGAUUGAGGAGUUGAAUGCUGGAAGGGUAUGUGAUUGGUUUGUGAAAGAUAAACUGAAAAGAGAACAAGACAUAGAUUCCGCUGUUCUUCAAUGGGAUGAAUCUGAAUUCCCAGUUUGAGACUUAUGUUUCCUGCCUUUGGUAUGAAAUCUAUGUAAAUGUUUUGGGCCGGAUCAUGGUGGGUCAAAUAAUCUAUAUUUUUUUUAAUAUCAAUUGAAUUUUAGUUCA